AAAAAGUUCGGUCUCUAUUUUGUUUUAGGCAUUCUGAAUUACGUAAGAUCAGCUAGAUUGCGAACAGAUGGCGAGCAAAUUCGACAUGGAGACCAAUAAUCAAUUGGAGGACGAAUAUUGCGACCAAGAUGACGAUGACCUCGGUGAUUUCAUCGUGUAUAGCGAUGAUGAUGACGAGUUGUCAAAGCAUAAACAUCAGAGGCAAGAGGAGUUGGAGGAUGACAUGGAAGAGGAAGUAGAAGAGGAGGUUGAGCCAGUAGAGGAGGAGGAGGAGGAGGAGGCUCCAGUUGGGCAGCAAGAGAUACUUAGCCUGAGGGAGCAGUUAAAGGAGGAAAUUAGGAGGAAAAAUGCAGCAAUGGCUGUUGGAACCAGCAAGGCUAGAUGUUCAUCUGUGAAUCGGACAAUAUUUCCGCCAGCGAAGGAUGGAUAUGGCACCUUUUUUGGUCCUUCGAAGCCAGUGCUUGCUCGCCGAGUCAUUGAAGAAGGGUGCUCAUCGUUCAUGAAAGAACGAAAAAAUGUGUCGUCCAGAAAAUGUGCCCAGUUGGUGUCAAAGGUGCAACCUGGUACAGUCGAGAAUCUGCAGAAGCCAAAGUUUGUCAGUGAGGAGAAAAGAAAGGUUGAUGCACUUCGCGAGAACCGAGACUACUCAUCUUUGUUCUCAGAUGAUGCUGAUACUGCACAACCUACAAAAGAGCAAUCUGACAAUAGAACAGCUCUUGUUCCCAAAUCUGAGUCUCAUGUCCAUGGUGGGGUGAUGCAUUCUGCUGGCAUGGGCACGCCGUCCUCAGGUCAACCCGCCAGAUUAUCGUCAAAAUACAAUGCUUCCUUUCAGGCCCGUGUCCAUGGUAAUGCAGGGUCUCUGGGAAAGGACUCUCUUGCACGCAGAAAAAGGAUGAUUGCUGCUGGUACAAACGGCUCCAACCUGCCUAACAUCAAGAAAACUCCAGGGUUGAAUCCAUCCUCGAAUAACCGAAAGAUGCAGCCGUCAGUACAGAGCAAGAAGCAACAGCAGCCUGCGUCCCAGGGCCAGAGGGUGCAGCAACAGUUGCAGAGUCCGAGGCUACAAGGCAAUGGCCAUCGGCUAUCCUUGAAAGGUAGGCCUGAUGGAUCUGUACAACGUCAGCGUAUUGGGCAGAAUGGUUUGGCUCAGAUCCAUGGGGGAUUGAAAUCAGAAAAAAAGCGGCUCGAUCCUGGCUCGAAACUCAUGGUACCUCGUCCAAUGGAUAGGCGUGCCGUGAAAAGAAAAUCCGAUGAUGGAGGGGGGAAAUAUUCAUUGAUGAUCAGAAAAAUUUUCAAGUACGAUCCUAACAAGUUUGAACCCGAAGAUGAUGAUAGUGACAUGGAAACUGAUUUUGCUGGCAUAGAGAAGGAAGAGAGAAGAAGCGCAGCACUUGCAAGGAAAGAGGACCAGGAGCAGCAGCUCCUGAUCGAGGAAGAAGAGAGGCGCGAGCGCAUGAUGAAGAAGAAAAAGUUAGCACACAAGGAAAAGUAGAAGCGGUCAGGGUAGAAACAGCCCUGCCAAAGCGUAGGGGUGGGUUUAGUUAGAUUGCGGCCGGGUAAGCAUCUAAGCUUUUGUAAGCCUGCUCCUAAGAACUGCAGAAAAUUUCAAACUCAGCACUUUCUUCAUGACCCAAGUUUAAGUUGUUGGUAUGGGAGUGCUUGGCCCUUGGGCAUCUGGUUCUGAUUGGUCUUGUUUGGUUUGUUGUAGAGUUCCUAGAACACACACCGUGAGAUGAGAAUCUUGCAUGCAUGGAAUACUAAAUGAAGUCUAUC